AUGCGACACAAACUUCAGUCCUUGCCGACCUCGGAACCAGCAUUGCUGAAGCAGGAGGUGGUGGAUGAUUUAGUAGUGCUGUGUAUAAAGACGAUAUGUGAAGAGGAGGCACAGAAACAAGGGAUCCAAGAUCCGGUGAUUGAGUCAGUCGCAUUGGAAGCCAUGGCAGCAGCGAUGGACGAAUUCAUGCUCAAAUUCCUUUCCAAGGUCCGGCGCUCCAUGAUCGCAGCCCGGCGAACCUGUCCCAUCGCCACCGAUUUCGAGACCGCCGUUGACGUCCUCGAUGUUCCCCGCCCGGACGACCAACUCGGCCCGUAUCAGACCCAACCCUCCAUCAACCGUCCUUUAUUGCCAACACCGCCCCCUGAAGACGAAUUCCACAAUUUCGUCGAACUCCCGGCAUCGUUCCUUGGUCCCGGCUUGGACGGCCACGGCGAGUUGAAGAAAUUCUCAUUCACAACCCGGGGUUUGCCUGAGCUGCCCUCGGCACAUACCUACAGGAAUACACCCGUGUACCCGGACCGACUGGCCGAUAAUAGGAAGAUCAGAGAGCUGGCGACCCAAGAAGGGAAACUUGGUGAGCAGGCAUUGCGUAAGCUGGCAGGAGCUGUUAAAUUGGACGCUGCUCAUCCGCUCGAUACGGAGGCUAUCUCUUCCAAAAAGAAAUCUGCCCCCAUCGUUCGCCGUAAGCGGUGGAAGACUGGGGUUGAUCUGUCGGAAGAAGCAGUCUUUGAAGAAACUCUGCGCGACUUGCUGACCAAGGAACGCGGUGGUUUUGAGCUAGGACCGAUCGUCAACUGCGAAAAGGCGUAUCGAAUGCCGGAAGAACUGAUGGUCAAAAGGCGGGCACCGGUCAACGACACUCUUGCCGAAAAGCGGAGUAGCUCAGGAUCGCAUACAGGCGAUGUGGUCAUGCAGCUGUGA